CCAAGAGUGUGUGUAAUAGGCUGGAUAAGCGCUCAGGGAUGCACAGACGUAAGACUAGAGGGUGAAUUGGAGAUACACGUGGGUAUGUGACCGGAAGCUUCAAGUCUCGAGAUGAACGAGAUGGUCAUCUUACGUCUUAAGACGAUAGGGAAGACAGUGCGGUAAAGUCGAUAGCCACAAACACGGCAAGUACAUCAUCAUGUCAAGCAACCUGGAGACACAUCGUGGGCAUGCACGCCAUCUAUUCAUCUUCACCGCACCUUACCCCCCCCCUUUAUGGUCACCUCCACAUCCCGUCCUCUUCCCCAUUCCAUCCCUCUCCGCUUCCAGCUACUUAUACACCUUCCCCAGCCCACUCCCUGCACCCUUCCCCUCCGCUCUCCCUUCUCAUCCCCAUAAUCCGAAAAAAAGUUCAACGCCUUCAAAUAAGCUCAAAGCAUCCAGCAUACAAAUAACCCGUCCAGGUCCCCCGGCCUAUGCCCGCAUCCAUGAUAAAUAAAACAAAUAUAUAUCUCCCAGCGUCGUCUCUAGAUUGGUUAAGAUGCGGUAAAAGAAAAGACGCUGGAACGCAGGCAAAACAAAAGAAAGA